UCUGGUAGCAGAGCAACAAUAGUCUUCCAUCUCUCUAACCAUCACUACAGCUUGGGAAACUGCCCGGGUCACAUUCAUUUGCAUUGGAAAACUGAGGAUGUUUGGUGCUAGAGAAACAGAUCGAUCACCCUUGUGAUUCCCCCUGCUCCUGUCCCUGCUUACCCCACCCCUACCCAGCCCAGAGACAAUAGCAUCCGAGGUCCCCCAGAGGAAGGAGCGGGGAUGGAUCUGAUUCCAGUAGGAAAAGCGUGUGCCUAGAAGUGGUGCUAAUGGGAAGAGAUGCUGUGAUCCAGAGGAGGAUGAUUUGUCACAAAGGGUAGCUGGCUCAGUGCUUUGGGCUGGAGCCGUGUAGAGAUCAUUGGAGAAGUCAUUGUGCACAGGGAGCCGAAGAUCUGUACAAACAUGCCUGUUCGCAGAGGGCAUGUGGCACCACAAAAUACAUUUUUGGGUACAAUCAUACGAAAAUUUGAAGGGCAAAAUAAAAAAUUCAUCAUUGCUAAUGCUAGAGUGCAGAACUGUGCUAUCAUCUACUGCAAUGAUGGGUUUUGUGAGAUGACUGGAUUCUCCAGACCAGAUGUCAUGCAGAAACCUUGCACCUGUGAUUUCCUUCAUGGGCCAGAGACCAAAAGGCAUCAUAUUGCCCAAAUUGCCCAGGCACUGCUUGGGUCAGAGGAGAGGAAAGUGGAAGUCACUUAUUAUCACAAAGAUGGGUCCACCUUCAUUUGCAACACCCACAUAAUCCCAGUGAAAAAUCAAGAAGGAGUAGCUAUGAUGUUUAUUAUUAACUUUGAGUAUGUAACAGAUGAUGAGAAUGCGGAGUCUCUCGAGAAGUUCAACCCGAUAUUGCCAGCCAGACUUGUAAACCGCAAACUUUUCGGAUUCAAGUUACCUGGACUGAGACUCUUAACAUACAGAAAGCAGUCCUUACCACAGGAAGACCCUGAUGCAGUUGUAGUAGAUUCAUCUAAGCACAGUGAUGACUCAGUGGCUAUGAAGCGCUUUAAAUCCCCCACAAAAGAAAGCUGUAGCCCUUCUGAAGUGGAUGACACAAAAGCACUGAUACAGCCCAGCAGAUGUUCUCCUUUGGUUAAUAUAUCAGGACCUCUUGACCAUUCGUCACCUAAACGGCAAUGGGACCAACUUUACCCAGACACGCUGCAGACAAGUACACCACUAACUCAUUCCAGAUCAAAGGAAAGCAUGUGUAGUAUAAGGAGAGCAUCUUCAGUACAUGAUAUAGAAGGAUUUAACGUCCACCCCAAAAACGUUUUUAGGGAUCGUCAUGCAAGUGAAGACAAUGGUCGCAAUGUCAAAGGGCCUUUCAAUCAUAUCAAGUCAAGUCUAUUGGGAUCCACAUCGGAUUCGAACCUCAACAAAUAUAGUACCAUCAACAAAAUUCCUCAGCUCACUCUGAACUUUUCAGAUAUCAAAAAUGACAAAAAGUCUUCAUCACCUCCUUCUUCAGAGAAAACAAUUAUUGCACCCAAGGUGAAAGAUCGAACGCACAAUGUAACAGAGAAGGUUACCCAGGUUCUAUCCUUAGGAGCAGAUGUUCUGCCAGAAUAUAAACUCCAGACACCUCGCAUCAACAAGUUUACUAUAUUGCACUACAGUCCUUUCAAAGCAGUCUGGGACUGGCUCAUCUUGUUGCUAGUGAUAUAUACUGCCAUAUUCACUCCUUACUCUGCGGCCUUCCUUUUGAACGAUAGCGAAGAACAGAAGAGACGAGUGUGUGGAUAUUCUUGCAGCCCACUGAAUGUGGUAGACUUAAUUGUGGAUAUUAUGUUUAUCAUUGACAUUCUAAUAAACUUCAGAACAACAUAUGUAAACCAGAAUGAAGAAGUGGUAAGUGACCCAGCAAAAAUAGCAAUUCACUACUUCAAAGGCUGGUUCCUAAUUGACAUGGUUGCUGCAAUUCCUUUUGACCUGCUGAUUUUUGGAUCUGGCUCUGAUGAGACAACAACGUUAAUCGGUCUUCUGAAGACAGCUAGGCUGCUGCGUUUGGUGAGGGUUGCACGGAAAUUGGACAGAUAUUCAGAAUAUGGUGCUGCAGUUCUGAUGCUACUUAUGUGCAUAUUUGCACUAAUUGCACACUGGCUUGCUUGCAUUUGGUAUGCCAUUGGGAAUGUAGAAAGGCCUUACUUGAUUAAAAAAAUUGGCUGGUUGGAUUCUCUAGGAGAACAAUUAGGAAAACCCUACAAUGUGACUGAUCAAAGCUCUGGGCCAUCCAUCAAGGACAAAUAUGUUACAGCACUUUAUUUUACCUUCAGCAGUCUGACAAGCGUAGGAUUUGGAAAUGUAUCUCCUAACACCAACUCAGAGAAAAUCUUUUCCAUUUGUGUCAUGUUAAUUGGCUCAUUAAUGUAUGCGAGUAUUUUUGGAAAUGUAUCUGCAAUAAUCCAAAGACUGUAUUCGGGAACUGCACGGUAUCACAUGCAGAUGCUGCGAGUAAAAGAGUUUAUACGCUUUCAUCAAAUCCCCAACCCUUUGCGGCAGCGACUCGAGGAGUACUUCCAGCAUGCGUGGACGUACACCAAUGGCAUUGACAUGAAUAUGGUCCUAAAGGGGUUUCCAGAAUGCUUACAAGCUGACAUUUGUCUACACCUCAACCAAAACUUGCUUCAGAACUGCAAAGCUUUCCAGGGGGCCAGUAAAGGUUGUCUCCGAGCUUUAGCUAUGAAGUUUAAGACAACCCAUGCUCCUCCUGGUGACACCUUAGUCCACUGUGGUGACGUUCUCACAGCUCUUUACUUCCUGUCAAGAGGCUCCAUAGAAAUCCUCAAGAAUGACAUAGUUGUAGCCAUUCUUGGUAAAAAUGAUAUUUUUGGAGAGAUGGUACAUCUUUAUGCAAAACCAGGGAAAUCAAAUGCUGAUGUGAGAGCUUUAACCUAUUGUGACUUGCAUAAGAUCCAGCGAGAAGACCUACUAGAAGUUUUGGAUAUGUAUCCUGAAUUUUCUGAUCUCUUUCUCACCAAUCUAGAACUGACUUUUAAUCUGAGACACGAAACUUCAAAGGCUGAUCUCAUAAUAAGAUCACAAACCACUAAUGAUUCGGAUGGAGAUAACGGCAAACUUCGAAGAAGGAAAUUGUCCUUUGAAAGUGAAGUAGAGAAAGGCUGUGGCAAAGAAAACAAUCAGAAUGAUCCUGAAGACUCCAUGGAUAACACUAGACAUUAUCAGUGUACCAAGAAACACUUUGAAGAGAAGAAAAGUGAGUCAUCAUCUUUGGUGUCAUCCAUUGAAGAUGAGCAGAAACCUCUCUUCUCUGAAAUAAUCAAUUACCCGUCAAUGACAGGGAAAACUACAGUGCUGGACUUCGAAGAAGUGGUGCGUGCAACAGAAAGGAUCCAUAUGGACAAAAGAAGCCAUUCUUGCAGAGACAUCAGUGAUAAAAGAAACUGGGAGUGGGAAAACACCAAGGGGCACCAGGAGAUCUCCAGACAGUCAGCAUUACCUCAUGUUACAUGGGGCAUCUGUGAAACUGAAAGUGAGCUGACCUAUGGGGAAGUGGAGCACCGGCUAGAUUUACUUCAAGAACAACUCAACAGGCUUGAAUCCCAAAUGACUGCUGACAUUCAAACCAUUCUGCAACUACUGCAGAGGCAGUCAACACUCAUUCCACCUGCAUAUAGUAUAGUGACUUCAAGUGCAGAAUAUCAACAGCCAGCUAUCCAGGUGAUGCAAAGCCUUCAUCCUGUAGUAUCUAUUAAAACAGAUAGAAGCUUCAGUCCUUCAUCACAGUGUCCUGAAUUUCUAGACCUUGAAAAAUCAAAACUUAAAUCCAAAGAAUCCCUCUCAAGUGGAGUGCAUCUUAACACAGCCUCAGAAGACAAUUUGGCUUCUUUUUUAGAACAAGAACAUGACCGGUCUUUAGAGUUUCACCCACGGCAUUGUAAAACUUAUCUCCAUUCCAUUAGGCAUCCUUCCUUGCCAGAUUCUUCCCUAAACACUAUAGGAAUCUUGGGUCUACAUAGGCAUGUUUCUGAUCCUGGUCUUCCUGGGAAAUAAUCCUUUUAUACUAUUACUUCACAUAAAAUGUAAGUGCUUUUAAUGGCUGUCUCCCCACCCCCCCCCUUUUUUUUUUUUUUUUGUAUUUAAAUCCUCUAUACUUGACUCAGGGGCUACAAGGAUAUACCAUUAUAUGCAAAAGUACUGUAUAUUUUCCUAAAUUUGAAGCUUGUAAGGUAAAGUUGAGCAGUUACAAUGUAAAUAUAUACAUAUAAAAUGUAUGUUCCAAAUGUAAAACUGCCAGCAUUCUCAAGGCACCUUAUAUUUUUUAAUUUUUUUAAAACACAUGCAUGUUCUGAAAUUACAAUUUAUGUUGCAUGGAAAUUACCAUUUACUGAUUUCACUGAAAUGGUACUUUAUUGUGGAUAUGCCUUCAAAGCAAAUAAGAGACCAGGUGAUGAUGAUGAUAAUCCACACGGUCAUAACUCAUAUUCACUGAGCUAUUCUAGUUCAAGCCGAAACCUUCUUCCAACUCACAUUUGAAAAGAUACAAUUAUCCUUCUUGUAUUGAGCAUUUUACAGUCAAUGGUCAUCAUUCUGCUGCUUAGAGAAAGAAUAAGAGAACAAUGUCUAUCAGGUUCUAAAACAUGAAGAUAUAGUACAGAAAGCAGCCGCUUCAAAGCGAAUUGAACGAGGUCACUAUUUUAACAGACAGAACAACAAUACUAUACAAUGGGAAAGUAUCGUCACUGAUUGCAUCUACAAGACCACGCUAACUGAAUAAUUUAGGUUUUUAAUAUUUUGGGCUUUUUAUUUUUAUGCUCAUCAUGACUAAAAAGUUGGCUAUCAUAAACAGGCAGGUAGUUCUCAUCUGUCACCCAAACAUUAUCAAAUGCAAUAAAUAUAAUUUCUAUGUAAUACAGAAGACUGCGUUCCUUUUGUUCAGUGCGAACUACUAACAAGCUGUAUAAUUAAAAUAUUUUACAUGUUUUCUUUUUAUAAUUAUCAUAAUUGUUGUUUGUGAUAUCUCUUUUUACCUACUGGUCCCUCCAUAGAGAGCUAGAGAAUAUAUAUAUAUAUACACACAUACAUACACACACACACACCUAUGUGCAUUUGUAUGUGUAUACAUAUAUACGUAUAUGUAAUGUAUAUGUAUAUACAUACAAAUAUGUGUGUAUAUAUCUACACAUGUAUGUGAGUAUAAAUAUAUGUACAUAUACAUAUGUACAUAUGUAAAAUCACUUUAAAGUACAGUUGUAAACUUUCUUAUUACAAAACAGGUAAUCUUGUGUCCAAAGCUGACUACACUAGAAUAAAUUGAGUUCAGGUCCAUAGGCUUUAAAUACAGUAUGUACUGUAUAUGCAUAAUGCUUUGUCAAUACUUAGAUUUAAUUUUAUUAAA